AUGGUUCCUCCGCACUCGCGAGGAGGAGGCGGGCUAGCCCACCUAUGGAAAAAGGAAAUCGAGCUAAGGAUCCUACAUCAAUGUGAUAAUUUUAUAGAUACAGAGAUACGCUUUCAAGGAAAAACAUUCAUGGCGACCUUUGUAUACGGAGCUCCAGAUAAAGAAAACAGGAAAGCAGUGUGGGAUGCAAUAAUAGAAAAAACGGAGGGAAGAGAUACACCAUGGCUCUUAACCGGCGAUUUCAAUGAAAUUCUUGACAACUCCGAGAAAGUGGGUGGUCCGGCCCGACAAGAGAACUCCUUCGUGGACUUCAGAUCCUUCAUGUCAGAAUGCGAUCUGUACGAUCUGAGGCAUUCAGGAAACUUCCUGUCCUGGAGAGGGGUCAGAUAUAAACAUAACGUUAAAUGCCGUUUAGACAGAGCUAUGGCAAAAAGUGCAUGGAUAGAAGCUUACCCGUCUGGAAGAUGCGAGUACUUAAACUACGAGGGAUCUAGUCAUAGACCCAUCAUCACCUUCUUCUAUCCUGCAAAGAAGAAACGAAAAGGCUUAUUCCGAUAUGAUAGAAGCUUAAGGAACAACGAGGAAGUAAAGCUUUUAGUAGAGAGAAGACUUGGAAGGCUUACCCCAACGCAGAUAUAG